AUGAUCCCGUCACGCAACCCCCAGAACGAGACCCUCGGGGGGGGGCCGUUCCGUGGUCCCGGCCCACAGGCGAGCCCCGUGGGCCGCAGCAGCACGCGCAGAGAUGCUCACGAGGCCGGCCGGCCCGCCGUCGGCCAACCCCUCGCGCCCUCCGGCCUGCGACGGGUGACCCGGACGCACAAAUCCCGGGCCCGCAGCCGAGCACCCCGAGUGAAGAGCGGGCGGCGGGGCCCGGGCCCGGGCCAGAGGGGAGCAGGACCGGCGGCGGGAGGCCGGCGGCGGGAGCCGGGCCGGGGGAUGGGGGCCGGCGCGGGAAGGGCCGGGCCGGGCUCGCGGCUGCAGCUGCUGCCCGCCCUGCUGGUCUGGGCGACCCUGGGCCCGUCCCUGGGCCAGCCCCCCGGCGAGGAGGCCCGGGCCUCCUGCGGGCCCGACAGCUGCUACGUGGCCUUCUUCCGACGCCGCGGCUUCCUGGACGCCUGGCUGGGCUGCCGGGACCUGGGGGGCAACCUGGCCACGCUGAAGACCCCCGAGGUGGCCCGGCGGGUGGCCCGGCUGCUGCUGUCCCCGCCAACGCCGCCUCGGGGGCCGGGGGGCCCGGACGAGGGGCCCCCGAGGCUGGUGUGGAUCGGCCUCCAGCGCCAGCCGCGCCAGUGCCACCCGCAGCGGCCUCUCCGGGGCUUCACCUGGGCCACGGGCGACCAGGACACGGCCUUCACUAACUGGGCCGAGCCCCGGCCCGUGCCCGGGCCUUGUCCGGCCCCGCGCUGCGUGGCCAUGGAGGCGACGGGCGAGGGCCACUGGCUGGAGGGCUCCUGCACCCUGCCCGUGGACGGCUACCUCUGCCAAUUUGGCUUCAAAGGGGCCUGCCCAGCCCUGGCUCCCGAGCCCGGCCAGGGCGGCCCGGCCGUCUACACCACUCCCUUCGACCUGGUGACCUCUGACCUCGACUGGCUGCCUUUCGGCUCGGUGGCCGACGUGCCCUGCCUGGCGGGCGGCCGGGUGUCCCUCCUGUGCGCCCAGGGGCCCGAGGCCGUGGCCUGGUCCCGCCAGGGCCCCCUGUGCCCACCGGCCGGACCCCCAGGCGGCUGCGGCCUGGACAACGGGGGCUGCGAGCAGGACUGCCUGGAGGGGCCCCCCGGCCAACCACCCCGCUGCCGCUGCGCCGACGGCUACCGGCUGGACGUCGACGGCCGCAGCUGCCUGGACGCCUGCUCCGAGGCCCCCUGCGAGCAGCAGUGCGAGUCGGGCUCGGGCUCGGGGCCCGGCUACUCCUGCCACUGCCGCCUGGGCUUCCGGACGGCCGACGAGGACCCCCACCGCUGCCUGGACAUCGACGAGUGCCGCAUCGCGGGGGUCUGCCAGCAGAUGUGCGUCAACUACGUGGGCGGCUUCGAGUGCUACUGCCGCGAAGGCCACGAGCUGGAGGCCGACGGGGUCAGCUGCAGGCCCUUGGGGCCCGCCGCCGGAGGAGCAGGAGGAGGCCCACCGGGAGGAGGAGAGGAAGGAGAGCAUCCCGGAGAGGAAGGAGGGCAUCCUGGAGGAGGAGCGAACCCAGACCACAUCCGCCCCGAUGACACCGGAGGCACGCUCUGGGACGCUUUCGCCCAGGCCUGGACCGACAGCCCCGGGCCUCUCUGGCUGGACCCCCCGACCCGACGGCCCCCUUGGCCCCCGCUCUUCGGGCCCCCCACGGUCCGGUGGGACCCUUGGGUCCCCUCUGUCCACCGCCCGCCGCCUCCCACCACCCACACCCCACCGGGGGUCACCUCCCAGCCCCCACGGCCUCAAACCUCCCUCCCGCCAGACCCCUCCCCGAGCGGCGGUGGCGGCGGCCCUGUCUCCCCCUACGGGCCCCCCACCCGCAUCCCGGACCCCUCACCGCCACCCCCCACCGCCCUGGGGGUGGACGGGCCACCGGGCCGGAGCCGCAGAGAUGACCGCUGGCUGCUCGCGGCCCUGCUGGUGCCCGCCUGCGUCUUCCUGGUCAUCCUGCUGGCCCUGGGCAUCGUCUACUGCGCCCGCUGCGGCCCCCGCGCCCACAGCAAGAGCGUCACCGACUGUUACCACUGGAUCACAAACUCGGGGGGCAAGGGGGACCCCGAACCCAAAGGGAUCCGGCCCCCGGGAGGUGCCACCUGCAGAACCAGCGUGUGAGGGCGAGGUGUUGGGGGGGGGUCGCGGCCUCGGGCGGACACACAGACAGACAGAAAGACUGCCAGCCCUCGAAACUGCACCCCGGGACCCCCACCCCUGGCCAAGCCAAACCAAACCGCCGCAUCCUGUCGGGAGCCCAGGUGUCCCGGACGGCUGGUCCCAGCUCUCCUCCUCCCGGGGCUCCGCUCCCCUCCCUGUCCCCAACCCCAGGUGGGGGGACACCCCCCCCCCCCGCCCUGCACUCUAACCACUAGACUUACUCUGCCGGGGAUCAGGGGAGCAGAACCCGGGUGUCCCCUCCCCUCCCUCCAGCUCUCUUGCCCCCCACCCAAAAGGGCUUCCCCUCGAAGGGGCCUGCGCCCAGGACUGCAGCGGGGGUGGGAUGGGGAUGUUUUCUCUGGCUCUGUGCCUCAGGAUUUUCUCCAAUAAACGGGGUGAUAGCCUCA